GUCCUUGAUUUAGCGAAAUCGACUAUAUGGGUUGGCAACAUUGGUGUAUCAGAAAUGGCGGAUUAAACGAACGUAAAUUACCACGCUGCAGUCCUCAAUCCAAGCAAUCCCUACAUACUCCAACACCACAAUGGUGUCAGAAGUGCCGUCCGUGGUAGCGGAAGACUCCUAGAACCCGUACACCACGAAAUCAUCGGCGAGCACCGUCACAGCAAUCAACGGAACGGGUCAACAUGGCACACACGCUGCCCCCGUUUCCAAGCUUCAACGUCCAAGCGACGGAUGCCAACAACAUCGGCCUCGAGUGGGCCAAGUGGGUGGACAGGUUCGAGAACUUUCUCGUUGCGUAUAACAUUACGUCGGACGUACGCAAGAAAGCGCUCCUCCUUCAUUACGCCGGUGAGGAAGUGCAUGAUCUCUACCGGUCUCUCCCGGACGACUCGUUAUCGGCAACUGUCAGCAGCACCGCGCAAGGCGCAGCGAGAACGUCAACAUCUGAGUACGACGCCGCAAGAGCAAAGCUCGACGCUCACUUUGCACCAAGAAUCAACCCAACAUUCGCCAUUUAUCGUUUCCGACAAGCACAACAGAACGUCGGUGAGUCACUCGAUGCUUUCUAUGCGCGGCUCCGGCAGCUGUCUCGUCAUUGCAACUUCCCAGACGUUGAUCUCGAGAUAAAGAAUCAGAUCAUCAUCGCGACCACAUCCACGCGUCUGCGGAAGUAUGCCAUACUGCAUUCGCUGGACUUGCCAGAUAUCCUCAAGCAAGGACGCAUGUUCGAGGACGUGGAGCACGAUGUGUCUGAAAUCGAGCGGAGCGCCGACAAGCCAGUCCUCGCAGUACGAAAGGAUGAGCAGCAUCGCGGCAGCAAGCCAAAAAGAAGUUUGAAACCGCCUCAGCGACCAAACUACCAGACACAACGACAUCAUAGCCUGUCGACAGAUUGUCACAACUGCGGUGGCAAAUGGCCACAUGACGGCGGACGAUCAAACUGUCCUGCAUGGGGAAAAACAUGCAAAGCCUGUAACAAGAUCGGACACUUUGCCAAGGUGUGCCGUUCAUCAAACAAGACAGUACAAACUAUCAGCCAAACCCGCCAAGACAGCAGUUCAAGCGGUGAAGAACACGUUUUUGUAGCAAAAACAUUGCCUCCAGCAAGCACGUCUCCCAAAGCUGUCAUCAGAGUCGACAAUGUUCCAAUCACCUUCGUGAUUGACACGGGUGCAACCGUGUCGGUUGUUGGUGAGGAUGAGCUCCGGAACUGUCACCUAGAUGAGAAACUGGAGAAAACAUCCGUAAAGGUUUUUCCAUACAAAGCAACGUCUCCUCUGCAACUUCUGGGAAAAGUCUCAGUCAGCAUGAUGUACAAGGAAAGGUGCAGUCAAGAGGACAUCUUCGUCACCCCAGGAAGCUGCGCACCACUCCUAAGCUUUGCAGCAGCAUCAAAUCUUGGUCUUAUUCGAAUCACAUAUCAAGUCGAAGACUCCCCAACAGGAAAGUCGAUCGUGGAAUCAUUCCCUAACUUGUUCAAAGGAGUUGGCAAACUCAGAAAGCAGCAAAUCCACCUCUUCGCGGAUGAAACUGUUCCUCCCAUCGCUCAACCGCACCGACGCAUCCCAUUUGCAGUGCGAGCACUUGUGGAGACAGAACUCGACCGCCUCCUUUCAGAGGACAUAAUCGAGCCAGCAGUUGGACCCACACCAUGGGUGUCUCCAGUGGUUAUUGUACCGAAACCACACCACCCUGAUGAGAUCCGUAUGUGCAUCGACAUGCGCCUUGUGAACACUGCCAUUCAACGAGAGCGACAUCUGUGUCCAACAGUUGAUGACAUCAUCGUAGCUCUCAACGGAGCAACCAUUUUCUCAAACCUUGACCUGAAAAACGGCUAUCAUCAGCUGGAACUGGACGUGUCUUCGAGACGACUAACAACAUUUUCAACGCACACUGGUUUGUUCCGCUACAAACGUCUCAACUUCGGCAUCAGCAGUGCAGCAGAAAUCUUCCAGAACACAAUUCGCCAAGUGCUAAACGGCAUCCCAAACGUCCUAAAUGUCAGUGAUGAUAUUCUGGUCUUUGGAAAGACGAAAGAAGAGCAUGACGCCGCUCUAGAUGCAGUCCUACAUUGACUUCAGGAAUCAGGACUAACGCUCAAUGAAAAGAAGUGUCACUUCCACCAGCGAGAGCUGACCUUCUUCGGGCUCAUUUUUUCAUCAAAGGGUGUUAGCCCAGACCCUAAGAAAAUCGAGGCUUUCCUACAAGUAAGAGUACCAGAGUCUCCUCAAGAGGUGAAGAGUCUUUUGGGAAUGGUCAACUACUCGGGUCGGUUUCUACGAAACCUUACUCAGCCACUGCGUGAACUGACGCUAAAGAAUGCAACCUGGGAGUGGACUGAACGACACCAGAAAGCCUUCGACGAACUGCGGCGCGUCAUGUCAGACGCAUCUACCCUGUCCUACUUCGAUCAAGCCAAGCCGACAGAGCUGGUUGUAGAUGCAAGCCCGCACGGACUUGGUGCCAUUUUAACACAACGAGAUGGUGCACAGGUCGCAGUGAUAGCUUAUGCAAGCAGAGCAUUAACACCAGUCGAAAGCCGCUACUCCCAAAUCGAGCGAGAAAUGUUGGCAGCAGUAUGGGGCAUGGAACACUUUCGGCUCUACUUGUGUGGUGCAAACUUUCUUUUAUUGACAGACCACAAGCCCCUGGUGAGCAUCCUGGGAAACCCAAGGUCGUCACCAUCUGCCCGCAUAGAGCGCCUUGCUCUCCGCAUCCAACAGUAUGCAUUUGACGUACAACACACUGCUGGAAGCAGCAACCCCUUGGACUACCUUUCAAGACACCCAGUGCCACAACAGGAGACAGGCACUCGCAUCGCCAAAGUUCCUGAUGAGUAUGUCAACUUCAUCCAACGCCAGUGCAUCCCAAAAGCCUUCUCGGUCGAGGAAGUUGUGGAACAGACUAAGGCAGACCAACAGCUGCAGCUACUGGUGAGAGCCAUCCAGCAUCCUCUACGUAACGACUGGCUGCUACCAGAACUAAAGCCAUUUGCAGCUAUGAAGGCAGAACUCACUUUAACACCAGAAGGUCUCAUCCUUAGAGGGACACGCCUUGUCCUUCCAACUGGUCUCCAGAAACGUGCAGUGCAACUCGCACACCGAGGUCACCAGGGAAUCGUAAAGACGAAACAAUUACUACGAGAGAAGGUAUGGUUUCCAGGCAUGGACAACCUUGUGCACAUGCUGGUGAAGAGUUGCCUUCCAUGCCAAGCUGCAGUACCCCAAACAACUCAAGAGCCACUUGCGAUCACCGAACCUCCCAGCAGUCCCUGGGAAAAAGUAUCCCUUGACUUUUGCGGUCCAUUUCCCGAUGGGAAAUAUGCAAUGGUGGUGAUAGAUGACUUUUCGCGAUACCCUGUGGUACAGGUCCUCAAUUCGACAAGCGCACGCAAUGUACUGAGCAACCUCCGAGCAGUGUUUGGCCAGUUUGGCAUCCCAGAACAAGUGAAAACGGACAACGGGCCACCGUUCCAUGGCACAGAGUUUGCUGAGUUUGCCCAAGAGCUGGGAUUUCGACACCACAGAGUCACACCGCUAUGGCCUCAGGCCAACGGUGAAGUGGAACGAUUCAUGAGGACAUUAAAGAAACAAGUGCACACCAGUGAACUCGAAAACAAGGACUGGAAGGCUGAGCUAGAUACCUUCUUGAUGUCUUACAGAUCUACGAAACAAGGCACAACAACAAAAACGCCUUACGAAUUGCUGUUUGGAAGACCAAUGAGGAAUCUCCUUCCCCUUUAUGCAGCCCCAACCCCAAGAACAGUGGACUCAGAAGGACUGAGGUCAAGAGAGCUUGCAAGAAAGGCUUACAACAAGCAUCGAGCUGACACACGGAGAGGCGCUCGUCGACAUCGCUUCUGGGUGGGUCAGCGAGUCCUGUGUAAAAAAGCCCAACACAACAAAUUUACGUCGUAUUACGAUCCGACCCCUUAUACCAUUACCAGCAUUCAUGGAUCUCAGAUCAAAGCAUCCCAAGGCAACCGAAUGAUCACACGGAAUGCUAGUUUUUUCAAGGAUGCCUCCAGGAUCAACCGAGUGCCACGCAGAGCAGAGACCGACCUAGAUGACACUAUGCCACCGUCCAGCACGGACAGUUGCAUUUCAGCACCAGGGCCAUCAGUGCCUGCAAGACGACAGAGCCCCCUUCAUCGACGUUACCCCGUCAGAAACCGCAAGCCACCACGGCAUCUUGCUGACUUUGCAACAUAAUCCCUUUUAAAUUCUUUGUGAAGAAGAGUGAACUAUUACAAAAUGAAAGAACUCAUCUCAGCAAGUGUUCAGCUGAACAUCGACAGCACGUUAUUUAGUUAAUUUUGUUUUGUUACUUUGCAACAUUUUAUUUGAUGUAUUAGAUUCUCAAUUUCAUCUUCUCACAAGGAGGGUAACUGUAGUGUCCUUGAUUUAGCGAAAUCGACUAUAUGGGUUGGCAACAUUGGUGUAUCAGAAAUGGCGGAUUAAACGAACGUAAAUUAC